UGACUGUCGAUUAGAAUUUCCCUUACAGUUUAACCACCCUAUGUAUGAGAUUUUCUUUAACGAAUUAUGCAACUUUAAUUUUUUAACUUGAUUUUAUUUUUAUUCUCGUUAAACUUAUAUUAUGCGAGGUAAACCCAGAGGAGGCGCUCGCCGUGGAGGUGCUCCUAGAGGUAGAGGUAGAGGAAGGGGAAUGAGUCGGGGAGGAAGUCGAGGAGGAGGACGCGGACGGGGGCGCGGAGGAGGUUUUAAUGGGAAAAGAACGUUUGACAGCGCAAGGAUCGUCGAGUCCGAGGAAUCAGAAGAUGAAGUGUCUGAAGAAGAAGAACAGCUUCCAUCAGAUGAAGCAUCCGAGAAUGAAGGUUCUGGAUCAGAAGAUGAACAGGAGCAGGCGACUAGCCGACCUUACUUUGCGUUAAUGCAAAGUUUAUCUAAAGAACCAUCAGCUCCAAGUGCCAAAAGAAGAAAACUUGACACUCAGUCUGAAGAAGUCGAGUCCAGUAAACUUAAUCAAAACGAGGCCACUGCAACCGACGAAGAUGAAGAACGGGACAUCGAUCAUGUGGAGGAGGCGGAAGAGGGGCCAGAAAAUGAGAUGGAAACGGAUGAUGACGACGAUGAAGAUAUUCCAGAUUCAUCCGACCCAUUCGAGACUCACUUCGUCAACCCAGAUCAGAACGAGGUGCAAAAUCGUAUAAAGGCCAUUCAAAAUAACGAGUAUUCUCAGUCUCAUUCUGAGAAGAAUGGUUGGCGAUUAAUACGCAACUUUCCUGGAAAAGAUAUAGCCCAACCUGCAGCACUCCCGCCCCCUAUACCCGGACCAUCCAGCUUAAACCUCAAACAUCGACUUGCUGAAACAGCCAACCGAAAACGGCCAACAUUUGACAAGCUGGAGCAAGUUCUAUAUCCGUUGACAUUCGCUUAUAAUGAUAUAUUAUUUUGUGGAAGGACUCCGAGAAAUGCUGAAAACUUACGCCGGAUGGCAUGUCUUCAUAGUGUCAAUCAUGUCUUCAAAACUCGAGAUCGAGUCAUCAAGAGCAAUGCUAAACUAGCAAAGGACGCCGAAAACAGCGACUUUGAGCCGAGAGAUCAGGGUUUCACGCGUCCGAAAGUACUGAUGCUGCUUCCGACCCGGAACUCAGCCGUCAAGAUGGUCAACAUGAUCUGUGCCCUGUGCGAACCGGAACAGCAGGAAAACAGGAAACGCUUCGACGAUUCAUACCUUGACAAGGACGCCAAGUUCACAGAGGACCGCCCAGAAGACUUCCGGGAGCUCUUCGAGGGGAACGACGACGACAUGUUCCGCAUCGGCAUCAAGUUCACCCGGAAGACCAUUAAAUACUUUGCGCAGUUCUACAACUCGGACAUCCUGAUCGCGUCUCCGCUCGGCCUGCGCAUGGCCAUCGGAUCUGAGGAAGACAAGAAGGUGGACUUCGACUUCCUAAGUUCCAUCGAGGUCGUGGUCGUCGACCAGGCCGAUGCUUUACUUAUGCAGAACUGGGAGCACGUCGAGUACAUCUUCGAGCACCUCAACCUCCAGCCGCGCGAGGCCCACGACUGCGACUUCAGCCGCGUCCGCGAGUGGUACCUCGACAAGCAGGCCCAGAACUUCCGACAGACACUCGUCUUAUCAGCCUUCAACACGCCCGAGCUCGUCGAGCUGCAUCGCCGUUUCGGUACCAACUGGGCCGGCCGCUUACGCGUGCAACCCGAAGCCUAUCCCGGCGCUAUCGAGGAGCUCGGUGUCAAGGCCAAGCAGACGUUCUCGCGGUUCGAAGCCCCCUCCGUAGCCGCCGAGCCCGACGCUAGGUUCGAGUACUUCACCAGCGCGGUCAUACCGGCGCUGACGAAGCGCGCGAAGGGUCAGGACCUCAGCGGCACUCUGAUAUUCGUCCCGUCGUACCUCGACUUCGUGCGCGUGCGCAAUUACUUCGCUACUUCCCCCGCCUGCGCGGGUCUCGCGUUCGCCGCAGUAUCCGAGUACGCAGAGGUACCCGAGGCAUCGCGCGCGCGGUCCCAUUUCGCAAGCGGUCGGCACCAAGUCCUGCUGUACACGGAGCGCGCGCACCAUUUCCGACGGUACGCGCUGCGGGGCGUCCGCCGGGUUGUUAUGUACGGAUUACCUGAUAACCCGACUUUCUACAAGGAGAUCGUGGGCGGGUAUCUAGGGCGCAGCGAGAGGGAGUUGAAACUGGAACCGGGGAGGGGGACGGUGAGGGUUAUGUUCUCGAGGUAUGAUCUUCUGAAACUGGAGAGGGUUGUUGGGUCUAAGAGGGUGGGCAGGAUGAUUAAGGAGAAGGGGGAUACGUUUGAUUUUGUAUGAGAGAUUAGUAACCUAGAUAGGAGUUUAUUCACAGGCGGGUUUUGAGCAGUGGGUUUGUGAAUUGGGACUUUUCUUUUCUUUCUUUCUCUUUUCUUGUAUGUGCUGCGGUUAUGGUUAUGGUACAUAAUUCGUA